CUGUGGGGGAGCCAGGCAGCAGAAGCAGGACUCACGGCCAGGUCAGAGAACUGCAAAGGCCAGAGGUCAUACUUCUGCCAAAAGGUACUGCCCUUUCUUCCUCCAAGGGCCACAACCAGUUCACCUGGGAGAUGGAUGCUCCGGAGGUUUACAGGGGCAGAUGAACACUUGUAAAGUGUUCCAUCUUUGAAGAUUGGUGGACAGUUUGUAGCGGAUCUGCAGCCCCAGUCUCUGGACCUGGCAUAUGAGGGAAGCAGCUCCGAGUAAUCUUAACAAGUGACUUCAGGCUCCUGCUUUUGAGCUGGGGGUGGCCCAGCCUGUAGCCCAGAGUCAGCUCUCUCCUUUCCCAAGUAUCUCUGCAAAAGAGGAUGCUAUAGCAUGGCCUAGUGUGGAGCAUAUGACUUUGGAGUCAGACAUCCUUGGCCUUGGUUCUCAGCUGUGCUACCUCUUAGCUCUGGAACUCUGAGUAAAUGAUACUCAGACUGGAACUUAGACCAUCGGUUCUCCUGGGUUUCCAGCUUGCCACCUGCAGAUCUUGGGACUUGUCAGCCUCCAAAACCACGUGCCUGACCGACGUCCUCUCCCCGGGGGAGCUGGUGUGGACGGAGGAGGGGCGUGCUGGUCACCAUGACAACAGAGACAGGCCCCGAUUCUGAGGUGAAGAAGGCUCAGGAGGAGGCCCCACAGCAGCCCGAGGCCGCCGCCGCUGCGACCACCCCUGUGACCCCUGCAGGCCACGGCGGCCACCUGGAGGCCAACUCCAAUGAGAAGCACCUGCCCCAGCAGGACACUCGGCCUGCUGGACAGAGCCUAGACAUGGAGGAGAAGGGGUAUGGGGAGGCUGAUGGCCUGUCAGAGAGGACCACGCCCAGCAGAGCCCAGAAAUCACCCCAGAAGAUUGCCAAGAAGUACAAGAGUGCCAUCUGCCGAGUCACUCUGCUCGAUGCCUCUGAGUACGAGUGUGAGGUGGAGAAACACGGCCGGGGCCAGGUGCUGUUUGACCUGGUCUGUGAGCACCUCAACCUCCUGGAGAAGGACUACUUCGGCCUGACCUUCUGUGACGCCGACAGUCAGAAGAACUGGCUGGAUCCCUCCAAGGAAAUCAAGAAGCAGAUCCGGAGCAGCCCUUGGAAUUUUGCCUUCACAGUCAAGUUCUACCCCCCUGACCCUGCCCAGCUGACAGAAGACAUCACAAGAUACUACCUGUGCCUGCAGCUGAGGGCGGACAUCAUCACGGGCCGGCUGCCAUGCUCCUUUGUCACACAUGCCCUGCUGGGUUCCUACGCCGUGCAGGCGGAGCUGGGCGACUAUGACGCCGAGGAGCACGUAGGCAACUAUGUCAGCGAGCUCCGCUUCGCCCCCAACCAGACCCGGGAACUGGAGGAGAGGAUCAUGGAGCUGCACAAGACGUACAGGGGCAUGACUCCAGGAGAAGCAGAAAUCCAUUUCUUAGAGAACGCCAAGAAGCUUUCCAUGUAUGGAGUAGACUUGCACCAUGCUAAGGACUCCGAGGGCAUCGACAUUAUGUUAGGAGUCUGUGCCAAUGGCCUGCUCAUCUACCGGGACCGGCUGAGAAUCAACCGCUUCGCCUGGCCCAAGAUUCUCAAGAUCUCCUAUAAGAGGAGUAACUUUUAUAUCAAGAUCCGGCCUGGGGAGUAUGAGCAGUUUGAGAGCACCAUUGGCUUUAAGCUCCCAAACCACCGGUCAGCCAAGAGACUGUGGAAGGUCUGCAUAGAGCACCACACAUUCUUCCGGCUGGUGUCACCUGAGCCCCCGCCCAAGGGCUUCCUGGUGAUGGGCUCCAAGUUCCGAUACAGUGGGAGGACCCAGGCGCAGACCCGCCAGGCCAGCGCCCUCAUUGACCGGCCCGCACCCUUCUUCGAGCGUUCCUCCAGCAAACGGUACACCAUGUCCCGCAGCCUUGAUGGAGCGGAGUUCUCCCGCCCAGCCUCGGUUAGUGAGAACCAUGACACGGGACCUGACGGUGACAAGCAGGAGGAUGGCGAGUCUGGGGGUAGGCGGUCAGAGGCCGAGGAAGGAGAGGUCAGGACCCCCACCAAGAUCAAGGAGCUAAAGUUCUUAGACAAGCCAGAGGAUGUCUUGCUCAAGCACCAGGCCAGCAUCAACGAACUCAAGAGGACCCUGAAGGAACCCAACAGCAAACUGAUCCACCGGGACCGAGACUGGGAGCGGGAGCGCAGGCUGCCCUCCUCGCCCGCCUCCCCCUCCCCCAAGGGCACCCCUGAGAAAGUCAACGAGAGAGCAGGGCUAAGGGAGGGCUCAGAGGAGAAGGUCAAACCGCCUCGUCCCAGGGCCCCAGAGAGUGACACAGGAGACGAGGACCAGGACCAGGAGAGGGAUGCGGUGUUCCUGAAGGACAACCACCUGGCCAUUGAGCGCAAGUGCUCCAGCAUCACGGUCAGCUCCACGUCCAGCCUGGAGGCUGAGGUUGACUUCACAGUCAUUGGUGACUACCAUGGCAGCGCCUUCGAAGACUUCUCCCGUAGCCUGCCUGAGCUCGACCGAGACAAAAGCGACUCAGAGACCGAGGGCCUGGUGUUCUCCCGGGAUCUCAACAAGGGGGGCCUCAGCCAGGAAGACGAAUCUGGGGGCAUCGAGGAUAGCCCGGAUCGAGGGGCCUGCACCACCCCAGAUAUGCCCCAGUUUGAGCCCGUGAAAACGGAAACCAUGACGGUCAGCAGCCUGGCCAUUAGAAAGAAGAUUGAGCCUGAGGCUGUCCUGCAGACCAGAGUCAGCACUAUGGACACCAGCCAGGUUGAUGGGACUGCCCCAGGGGGAAAGGAGUCCAUAACAACUGCUCCCUCCAUCACCACGGAGACCAUAUCGACCACCAUGGAGAACAGUCUCAAGUCCGGGAAGGGGGCAGCCGCCAUGAUCCCAGGCCCACAGACGGUGGCCACGGAUAUCCGUUCUCUUUCUCCGAUCAUCGGGAAAGAUGUCCUCACCAGCACGUACGGCGCCACCGCGGAAACCCUCUCCACCUCCACCACCACCCAUGUUACCAAAACUGUGAAAGGGGGGUUUUCUGAGACGAGGAUCGAGAAGCGGAUCAUCAUCACUGGGGAUGAAGAUGUUGAUCAAGACCAGGCCCUGGCUUUGGCCAUCAAGGAGGCCAAACUGCAGCAUCCUGACAUGCUGGUAACCAAAGCUGUCGUAUACAGAGAAACAGACCCGUCCCCAGAGGAGAGGGACAGGAAGCCACAGGAAUCCUGACCUCUGUGAAGAGAUGCUGGCGUUUCUGGUCCAACCCAAGCCAGAGAACCGUUAAGAAGGGGCCUUCAUUCUGGAUUCUCCGACUCAACACCGAAGUCCCAGCUGUGACGUACUGUCACCGAAAAGGAACUGGGAAAGGAAAAGCAUAUAUAUAGAGAUAUAUAUAGAUAAAGAUAUAUAUACGGGAAACGCCGCGUCCUUGCCCCGCUGCUGGGGCUGGUCACGCAGUCGGCCGGCAGCAACAACCAUCUGGACACCUACAUUUUCUUUGCAGACAAAUUGAUGAACUGGUGGGAUUUUUCAGGAAAAAAAAAAUAUAUAUAUAUAUGUAAUGACAAUAAUCUCUCGCUCCCCCUUUCGAAGCCCUGUGGAACGACAAAAGCAAGCCAGACCACAGUGACCGUAGGAGUACAAAACCAUCCUGGUUCUGCACGUGACCUUGCGUGGACGAGCAUCCCAUUUGUCCUAAAGUGUGUGCUGUCCACUCCAGUGCAAAGGAAGCACUUUUGCGGCCAAGCAAGAGAAGUCGCGGCAGCAAGACAUGCACCGUCAACCGUUUGCCGAGAAAGAAAGAAAAUCCCCCACUCAGAAAGGAGGAGGAACACUGGAUUAUUAUUUUUUGGGUCUUGACACUGGGCUGCAAAAUCCACCUUCCUUUCUUCCGCCUCCCCUCCCCCUCGACUCCCGCGUCUUGUCAUUUCUGUCUCGGCUCCCCCUCCCCCUCCCCCACCCUCUGUAUCCUGGUCCUGCCAAGGGCCGCUGCAGAUGACUCUGGUUUGGAACAAGAAAAAGAAAAGAAGGCAAGAGCAGAAAACCCAGCCACAGGAAGGAAAGUAGACAGUGUAUGUUCAUGGGUUCUCAUUACGAGGGUGCGGCUUGUAGAUGUGUAUGGAUGUGCUUUUAAGUUAUGUAUAUGACAUAUAACAGGAAACAAAUAUUAAAAUAAACAGUGCUGGUAAGUAUGAAGCUGACAUUUUAAAAAUUAUAAUUAUCCGACUGUGAUUGAUGUAUCCCAAGGUUCUUAGAUCUCACUGAACCGGCCCAGCCGAGGAGACCUGGACUCUGGCCAUGGGUUGCUCGCAGUAGGAGCUGAUGGUUCAGCGUAGUAAUACAGUG